AUGGCGACCUAUCUUCCGGUGCUGACUUAUCUGGCGGGACUCAGCAAUUUUGACCGGAAAUGGGGCCUCUUCAUUUACCGGACGACCUACGACGACCAAGAAUUGUGGGAGAGAUAUUUGGCAUACGUCAAAACUGCUAUAAUGCAUGCUAUCAAACCACAAUCGGAGCCUGACCUUCCGAGUUCCUGGAAUCCAUUCACCUACGAAUUUCCUCGUCGUGCAAAACUGCAGUCGAGAUUCGAGCUCCUGACUAAAGAGGACAAGAAAAAUUUGAAUGGCAAAUCAAUAUCAGAGGCUCGUGAGGAGUUCCGUCACUGGGUUGCUACUGUACCGUCAGAAGAGAAGAAAGGUAUCAGUAGACCACGAUACAAUUACUUUCUCUAUGUGGACAGAGAUGUCUUAGAUCGGUUCCAGAUAGUGGAGACUGCACGCGGCGACCGCGAGCCAGACUAUGUAUUGGAAGACGUCAUAGCAAUUAUAGUCGAGGCGGACUGGGAGAAGGAUACCUUAAGCGACGACGACGAUGACGAUGUUGGAAAGGAAUGGCAGUUUAUACAGGUCCACUCAAUCCCACGUCUUUAUGACAGUGUAAUUCACGACGAAGACGGAUGGUUUAGAUACUUCACUAGGCCGCCAUAUAUUUAUGGCAUGACCAUUUAG